AUGACUUCCAAGGCCGAGGCCCUGUUCACCUUCAAGAGCUUUGGCUCCAACGGGCUGCCCUCGGAGGCGCCCGUGGUCGGCAUCAGCACGGUGCUGAAGAAGAGGCAGGGCGAUGCCACGCUGAGCCUGCAGCUCAAUGACAGCACUCUGCGCGACCCCAAGAGCCUCAAGGGCGUGGUGCUGGCUGCCGAGAAGCCCCUGGGAGCCGGUGUGAAGGGCACCAUUGCUUACAACGCGGGCGCCAAGGACACCAUUGCCACCGUGACGAUCGACAAGAAGCUCAACGGCAACGACCUGAGCCUGAAGGGCAGCUACCAGUUUGCGGGCGAUGUGUUCAUCCUGCAGGAGACAUGGAAGUUCAACAAGCAGAACAAGCUGGUGGGAACCUACAACUUUGCCAAGGAGGAGGCGGUGUUUUCGCUUGAGCACACCCGCGGCUCCCUCAAGCUGGGCGCCCUCUACUCCCUCAAGACAGAGAAGCCGGUGGUGAGCAUUGAGAAGAAGCGGGGCAAGGACACCUUCUCGGCGGCGUAUGGCAUCAAGGAUGAGGCCACCACGCUGAGCUGGCAGCACAAGCCGUUCAAGACGAUUGUGCGGGGCAAGGCCGGCAAGGGCGGCGUGAAGGGCGUGACUGCGGCGGUGCUCAUCACACACGAGUUUGAGCUGUGA